AGUUCAGGCUCCCCGUACAUCAAUCGCAGUAGAAUGUUCGCACCUUAUCUACUCCGCCGGCCAGCUGCUCGAAGGGUCUCGAAAAAGCUGGAGUCGUUCCGCUGGAGACGACGAGAUGCGGUCGGGAUAUCGUACCAGGAGUCCUGGCAAAAGCGUGCUUUUGCGACCGGAACGACUUCGAUUGCCGAAAAUUGGAAAACCAAAGUGAAAUCCUUGCAGUUUCCGGUCAAAUUUCGUCCGCUUUCGGAUCCAGAAAAAGACGCACAGGAUGCUGUGAGUGCCUUACAAAAUUGGCGUGAGCAGCAGAUUUUGGCAAGGGAAAAUGGCUUUUCUUCAGCAUCAAAUGUCGGAGGAGGACCAGAUGCUGGCGAGAUCCAACCGUUUGCUUACCCAAAAAGUGAGGCGUUUCCGACGGCCACGCUGGGGCUCCUUACCGCUUCGGUGCUGUCGACCCUUGCCGUAAGCUGGUACUGGAAGAAGAUUGCGGAUGCAGGUGCGGGUAGUCGACAAAACUCCAUUGCUACAAGAGAGGACGUAAAUAAAGGUGCAACAUGGUUGAGAGCCUACCGGGAGGACCAAAAUAGACAGGCAGUGCCGGAGGCUGUGACGCUCGUUUCAGCCACGCAGGCACAGGGAGACCGAGGAGGGCCGGAUACAACCAGCCGAACCAAUGAGGAAGAUACCGCUGUUUUUGUGGACACCCUCUAUUUUUUGAUGAAGGACCCACUAGCGGCUAGCUUCAUUCGCUGGUCGGACUUGCCCAAGAUCCAAGCCUUCCUCGCUACGGUCUUUUUUGUCUCGGCUACGUUUUUGGAAAAGUGCCGGGGCCCGCGGUUUGUUUUGUCUCUUGCGCUUGGUUCCACGUUGGCAACGAACGCCAGCCUCAACUGUAGUUUUGGCUCCUGCCCAGCACUCGGAACAAACGCAGGGCUGACAGCGGUCGCGGGGUACUUGUGGGCAAGCAAGUUUUCAAGGUGUGCCGCCUGGAGGAGCAUCUACUUGCCGCUAGGUUGGGUAGUCUUCGCGCCUUUGCUUGUUUUCGAGGGCCUGCAGUGUCGCGAUUGGGUUAUGAAACUGCGUUACGCCUGUGCAGUUACCGAGGAAGGAGAAGAUGGCAGUGACAGACUUCCUCAGGCUGGCAACGGGGAGGCAGCGAGCGCAAGCUCAGGCUGCGAUAAAAAUAUGCUUUCGCAUCUUCUGCACCUGCCAGCACAUUGCGAAAACGAAUACAAGGAGACUUUGGUGACGCAACUGCAAGGCUCGUUGAGAAGUGAUGCGGGGCCCGAAGCAGAAGAUGAUGGUAAUGAAAAAAUAGCCAACAAGCUAAGGCGCGUUGAUGACAACGGUUUCUUGAUUGAUUCUGCAGGCUUUCUGAUCGGAUGUGCAGUAGCCUGGUUGCAGAUCGGCUUGUAAUGAGCCACGUUCUUAGUUGUACUUGACUCCGUAGUUUGGAAUGAAAAGGUGAUCUGAAGAUGAAGAAGAAUGCGCAAAAGAAU